UGCACCAGGUAUCGUCCUCCGCUCCACUGAAGACCAGGACUGAACUAACAGUCUGAGUCAUUACCAAGUGCACAGCUGCUGGUUAUAACUCCUAACUCGCCCUGAUCACAGCCGGCUCACUGCUCUAAUGUCUGUGGCUGUAACUUUGCAGGUUCCUGCAGAAUUUACCAAAACAGAGAGAAACCACAGAGGUGAAUGAAGGAGCUGCUGGGAGACAAGUAACAUUCUCCUCAGUGGCAUGUUGCUGCAAAAUCAGGAGGUGAAGAAACCUGCUCACUUCAAGUUGGGUGGAGGAGAAGGAGAAGGAGGGAGGAAAAAAGGCUGGAGACUGAAGAAAGUUGGGUUUUUUGCCGCUGUGAGUUUGUCAAAGUGGCAAAAGGGAAAAGCUGAGGGUGGAACCAGGUGGAGGAGCGAAAAGGACAGAUGCAGUUGCAGUGAGAGUGAAAAGUGAAGAGGAGGGUUGGUGCUCAGCUCAGCAGGACUGAGAUGAGAUGAACGUCUAGACGGUUAAAUUUGCUGUGGGCUGUGCUGAGCCAUCAGAGCAGGAGCGACUGUGGGCGGGGAGAGAGGAAGUGUGGUCGACAGGAGAGGAAUCUAAAGUCCCAUUGUUCUGGAGGAGCGGAGCCAGAGAGGAGCCGAGGAGUCGAACCGCCGACAGACGCUGUACGACAUGGACGUGAGCUCAGCCGUGGCAAAGAUGUCUAUGAAGCAGACCGCAGGAGGUGCAGGAGCAGCGGCAGCAGUGUGUCUCGUAUGUAAAGAGAGCUGCUCUGGAUUUCAGCCACAUUCUUGGAGGAAGGCCUGCAUGGCCUGCGGCUGCAGCACGGUCGACCACGCCCCUGGAGGGGACCUUGAAGAUGACCAGCGAAUGGGACGCCUGCUCGCAGACUCACCCAGCUCCCACUUGACAGCGAAGGUCAAGGGAGGCGGCGGCCUUCGCAUGUACAAGAGGAACCGUAUGAUCGUGACAAAUCCAGUGGUGUCACGCAAAGACCCGACCUUCAGCACCACGACAUACGACUGGGCACCGGCCGGCCUCAACCAGAAACUGGCCAUGCAAUACAUGGAGCGGAUCCCGGAGAAUCUAUGUCCAGUCUCGGGGACCGAUGGAGCGUUGGAGCGACGCCGGCAGCUCCUCAGUCAGCUCCCCGCCUACGACCAGGACCCCAUGAAGUGUCAGAGUCUGGCCAGUGAGGAGGAGAUUUCCUCCAUGCUGCUGUUUGUGAAGAACUACAAACAGGAAGUGCUGGGAGUCGGAGAGGUGGCCUUACCUGGUGAGGGCGGAGCUCUGAGGGAAGCAGCCAAUCAGAGGACAGCGAAGGAAGCGAAGGAUCGCAGCAACAGCGAUAAGAAAGAUGCUCUGGAGCAACAUGACCAGGGCUCGACGAACAGCAGCGCUUCCUCUGCUACUGGUUCCACUAAUGGCACCGAUAGCAGCAUCAAGACUGAUCAUCAGUGCUCGGGUUGCCAUGGCAAGGUUGCCAUGGACAGUCCAGCUGUUUAUGCCGAGCGUGCAGGCUACCAUGGCGCCCUCUGGCAUCCCACCUGCUUCGUGUGUUCAGAGUGUGGCCAGGGAUUGGUGGACCUCGUCUACUUCUGGUCCAAUCAGAAGCUGUUCUGUGGACGACACUACUGUCAGACGGUUUGGCCGCGAUGCUCCGGAUGUGAUGAGUUGAUCUUCUGCCAAACUUUUCACACAACAAAAGAUGGACGGACGUGGCAUCGCCAUCACUGCUGCUGCUGGAAGUGUGGACAAAACCUGGAAACACCCUGUCAGCACUGAGACACUCACAGCGUUCUUCACUCAGCCCUGCUCGGAAACAGAAUCACAAGGGUGACUCAGAUACACUGAAGCAGACAAGCUGACAGACAGGCGGUUUACUAGCUUGUUUCGUAUAAAAGAAACAAGCAUUGAAUAAAUAACAGAGAAUUAUAGUAGAUAAAAUGUCCACUUGAUAUAUUUGUGUUUGUAAUACUUUUUAGCUUUACACUUCUUCAGCUGAACCCACUGGAGUUUCAAGUGCUUCAGGACAUUUUUUUCGCAGACACAAAAGUGUUUAAAGUACUUAGAGAAACAGUUUGUAGAUUUAUUAGCACUUGGAGUUCUCUCAGUGACGGGAGCCAGAUGUGCUGUUUCAGUUACAAACAGAAGCUCAGAGGAGCGGACCUUCACGGCAGAAAACCAAUGAGUCAAAUAAAAUGAGGCAUACUGAUAAUGAAUAAUAUGUAUUUUAUACCUGAUAACAAAUAAAUUGCUAAGACAAUUUUAACUCAAUGUCCAUUUGAUUCCUCCAGAGCUUUCAGGCCUAUCUCUCCUGCAGAGGUUUCCAUAUUUCUCAACACUUUUAUAUUAUAUUUAUUUAUAUUCAAGUGUCCU